AUGGGGGACUUUAUAGGCGCCUUUCCCUCCUCCUCAUACAAACCCCCACCAAAAGAGACGCCUAGGACAAGAUACAUCCGCGCACACAACCUCCUCAAACCCGUCCUCCAAAUCCUCUCCUCAUCCCCGCCCCACCUCCUCCUCUCCUCCCUAACAUCCCUCCUCAUCCCCUCACCCCCUCUUUCGCUCCAAGCGAAACUCCUUCGCCUCCUCUCCUCCUUCCUCUCUCCCACAAUCCAACCCGUCCGCUCCUCCGCCCUCUUACAAGUCCCACUAAGAAACGCCAUCGACCGAUUCGACGCGUCCCUCCUAACAGCCUUUGACAGCGCCGACUCUUCCAACGACGAAAAGUCAAUGAAAGAAGCAGCCUACGCAUCCUGGUCCCUCUCCUCCUCCUCCUCCAACUGGGAAAUGGGUAAAAUGUGGGCCGAAAAGCGAGAAAUAUUCUACGCCCACUCACUCCCCUCCUCAUCCUCUCAAAACUUCCUCCCCGACAACACACUAGAUUUCGAAGCAAUGGACGAAUUCAUGUCACUCAUCUUAGAUUCUAUCGCCGAACAUGGUUCUCGCGCUGUUAGAGUGUUUCCACCCUCUUCAGGUGUCCUCAUCGCGUUCGCGGAAAAGUUAGCGGGGGAGGUGGUCAGUGAAUACGUCACUUCCCUCCUUACACGCGCACGGAACCUCGGGACGGGGGUGUAUCUUAGGUGUGUGGCUGCUGCGUUUAAAGAGUCGUGGAAGAUGGUCGACGCUAUUAUGCUUGCCGCCGAGGAAAACAAGCCAGAUUCGGAAGUGGUUGUGGUGACGAGGACUAGAGCGGAGGAUGUGGUGUAUCAGAUGUUUGAAGAGAAUAUGGACGAGUAUUUGGAUGAGGAGGUUGAGGCGCUCAAGAGUGCUUUCGACGGGGCUUGUAAAGAGUGGAAUCGAGGUAUAUCAUCACCCACACCCACACCUACCACCCCCUCAUCCACGCCAUUCACAUCCUCACAAAAUCCAGCCCUAAUAAAACGCAACGUCCUUGCAUCAUUCACCAACCUCCUCCUCCUACCCGUAACUAUCGUGCCGCGCGCCGUAGGCGGCGUGGGUCAGGGCAUCGCGAUGUUGAAUCCUCAGCGGUGGGGAUCAGGCGGCGCCGCACCGGCUGGAAACGUCACGAAUGGAGGUGGAGGGGGGUACAGUAAAACAUUGUUCAACGUCGACGAGGCUGAGGAAGAAGAAGAAGAACACGUGCAUGAUGCUCCCAACCCCUUAUCCCCCUCAAUAACAUCACCCACGCCCCUCGUCUCCGCCUCGCAGCCCAGCCCAACACUAACAAGCACAGCGAACCUAGACCUCCUCCUCUCCCUCGACCUAGCCCUAAACCUCAUCCACCUAUCCCGCUCCUCCCUCAAACGCGUCGAGUCUUUUUCGGGGUAUCCAGGGCAUUACGGGGGGCGUGUGAGGGAUACGAUCGAGGAGGUUUUCAUUGCGCUUUUGGGGGUGUUGGGGGAGGGUCAUGUUGUUAGGGGGUUUGAUGACGCGACGCAACGCAUGAAAUCGUACAAACCAUCUGAACACUCUGAAACGGCAAACGUAGCGCCACUCGUGCAGUUUUUUGAGCUUGUGCAUAUUGGGGAUACGAUUCAGUCGAUGGUGCAGGUUUAUUUUGAGAAGGAGUUGGCACCCCACAUCGACAAAACGGACUUCCUGAACGCCGUCGUACGCGAAAAGAAGCGCUUCGAGAAUUCUUUGGACGAUUCGGUGGCGGCUGGGUUGAAUGCUGGUACGGAGGUGUUGAUGAAUCAGGUCGACCACGUUAUAGUCACACUAACUAAACCACGGGAAUACUACCCCCCUGAAGAUGGGAUGCUGGAGCUCGGUCCCACUCGCGGGUGUCAAGAAGCCAUAAAGUGUCUCGAAACGCACUGUAAGCUGCUCAAAGGGAGCACAAGUAAAGAGGUCUUGGAGGUUUUCUACCAGGAAGUUGGAAUACGGCUUAUCGCGAUCUUGCAAAAGCACAUCAAGAGACAAAUUAUAUCCCUCAACGGGGGAUUCCAAGUCAUAGCCGACCUGAACGCCUACAACGCCUUUAUCUCUUCGCUCAAGGUCCCAGCAAUCACAGCCGACUUCUCGCACCUCAAAAUGCUAGGCCACGUCUUCGUAGUAGAAGACGCCAAAGACCUAGCCCAGAUCGUGAGGGACGUUACUCGAUACGGAGGGGCAUAUCGCCCAGAGGACGUGUACGAAUUCAUUCAGAGACGCUCGGAUUGGAAGAAGAUUGAAAAAAUCGUAGACAAGACGAUGUACAAUCUUAGUUUCAAAGAGGACUGCAUUAUUGCGUGA